AUGGAUGAAGAACCCAAAGAUCCUCUGAUUUUGGGAAGACCUUUCCUUGCCACUGCUGGAGCUAUAAUUGAUGUGAGAAGAGGCAAGAUUGAGCUGAAUUUGGGUAAAGACUGCAAGAUGGUGUUCAAUGUAAAAGAUGUUAUGAAGCAACCAACUAUAAAUGGUGAGUCGUUUUACAUUGAAACACUUGAGCAGCUAGCCGAAGACUACUUGGAGGAAUUGGGAGUUGAGGAUAAGCUGCAGCUGGCUUUGACUAAGGAUAAUGAGGAGUUUGGAUGUCUACAAGCAGAGAAAACGAAGAGCAUCCGGGAUGGAAAACAGGUUGAGAACCUGUUUGCUCUAGAGUCCAAACCAAAGGAGGAAAGCUCUCAAGAGCAAGGCACGGACGAUGACUGGUCUGAGCUCAAGGCUCCCAAAGUCGAUCUCAAACCACUCCCAAAGGGGCUCAGGUAUGCGUUCUUAGGCUCUAACUCCACAUACCCUGUCAUUGUCAAUGAUGCAUUAGACCCCCAUGAGCUUGAAACCCUCCUUGUCGAGCUGCGAAAGUACAGGAGAGCUCUUGGAUACUCGCUGGACGAUAUCAAGGGUCUCUCCCCUACUCUAUGCACUCACAGGAUCCAUCUCGAAAAUGAAUCAAAGGGAUCUAUUGAGCAUCAGCGUAGGUUAAACCCCAAUCUUAAAGAAGUAGUAAAGAAAGAAAUCUUGAAAGCUUCUUGA